CCCUGUGCACAUACUGCACGACUGGUUGAUGUCAAACGCAGAAGAAGAAGACGAAGUGGUAGUGGUAGCAGAAGAAGAAGAAGAAGAAGAAGAAGAAGAAGAAGAAGAAGAAGAAGAAGAAGAAGAAGAAGUGAUAAAAACAACACAAAAACAGUAA